CGCAGGACCGGGCCCUGCCGGGCUCAGAGCUCCAGCUGCAGGUGCAGGCUGCCCCCGGGUCCCUGUGCGCCGUCCGCGCCGUGGAUCAGAGUGUGCUGCUCAUGAAGCCCGAGGCCGAGCUCAGCGUUGACACGGUCUAUAACCUGCUCCCGGAUUUUCCCCAAGGAGACUAUCCCGACGCAGUGCGAGAGCUGGAGUCAUGUGGUCCUUCGAGUCUAGUUCCUCACUGCCACGGCUUAGGUCCCAGGUGGAGGUGUCGCAGAGGGACUAGCAGCCGAACUCCCACACUGGCUAACGCCUACAGCCUGUUUAAGGAUGCAGCUUUGAAAAUUCUCACCAACACCAAUGCCAAGCAGCCCUGUGAACAUGGACUCUCAAAAGACUUGUAUUAUGACAUGGAAAACGCAUACGAACUGGAAGAAAUGAUCCCUUGGGCAGCAAGUGUGGAUGGUGAAGCAGAGAUCCCAGCGAUCAACGGCCUGCUAGCACCAGGACCCAGCACCCAGGAGGAGGCAGCGCCACGUGUGUACUUCCCAGAGACGUGGCUGUGGGACCUGGUGCCUGUGGGCGAGGGGGGCUCCAAGGACGUCCCAGUCUCGGUGCCCGACACCAUCACGGAGUGGAAAGCUGGGAUGUUCUGCACGGCGGAGCUGGGCUUUGGGCUCUCGCCCACGGCCACCUUCACGGCCUUCAAACCCUUCUUUGUGGAGCUGGCCUUGCCGUACUCCGUGAUCCGGGGAGAGGCCUUCGCCCUAAAGGCCACCGUCUUCAACUACCUGCGCCAGUGCAUCAAGGUGCGGGUGACGCUGGCAGAGUCUGCGCAGUUCCAGGUGCAGGCGGGCAAGGACGGUGCCUACACCAGCUGCCUCUGUGCAGACGAAGGGAAAACCUUCCAGUGGGAGGUGACGGCGAGCAGCCUGGGGGAGGUGAACUUCACCAUCAGCACCGAGGCUCUGCACACCGAGGAGCUGUGCGGCAAUGAGCUGGCCGUGGUGCCGGCCCAGGGGCGAGUGGACACUGUGAUAAAGCCCCUGCUGGUCCAGCCGGGGGGGAUCCUGGAGGAGAAGGCGCACAGCUCCCUGCUCUGCCAGGAAGCCUCUGAAAAAAUCUCCUUGCAGCUGCCUGCGAACGUCCUGGCAGGGUCCGAACGGGCCCACGUGACUGUCCUGGGAGACAUAAUGGGCACGGCUCUGCAGAACAUAGACCGCCUGCUGGCCAUGCCCUACGGCUGUGGAGAGCAGAACAUGGUCCGUUUCGCUCCCAACAUCUACAUCCAGCAGUACCUGGAGAAGAGCGGGCAGCUGAGCCCGGAGAUCAGAGACAAAGCCAAGGGUUUCCUCCAGAGCGGCUACCAGCGUGAGCUACUCUAUAAGCACAACGACGGCUCUUACAGCGCCUUUGGGGAGAGCGACGCCAGGGGCAACACCUGGCUGACGGCCUUCGUUCUCAAGUCCUUUGGCCAGGCCAGGCCCUACAUCUCCAUCGACGAGAAGCACCUAGAAGACGCCCUAAGGUGGCUGCAGCGCCGUCAGCGGAAGACCGGCUGCUUCCGCAGUGUGGGGAAGCUGUUGAACAACGCCCUGCAGAAAUCGAAACAUUUCAGCAAAAGUAACAUUUUCCUGCAGAGUUUUGGUUUUGUGGAAACUGCAUCGUCUGUCGAGAAAUCAUUUCAGCAGGAAAUUCCCACUCAGCUCGAGUCACAGCCCAAUUCCUGCCACUGCCCCUGAGUUUGCAGGAAGCUGGGACUCUCCGGGAGGGGCAAGGGCUGUACCCGGCUGUUUUGGGAGCAAGAAGGAG